UGGUGUCAGCAGCUAGGCAGCCCAGUCUCUCCAGAAACCUAGAACACAGCAGAAGAGCUUUUGCCACAGACACAAGGGCCCCGGAAUCAUGUCAGACCCCACAGUCACUGCCUUCCUGACCAAGCUGCUUUGCUCAAAAGGUGGUCGACUGCCCAGGCAACUGCUGCCUGAAUUCCUGGAGCUUCCCACCGAGCAGAUAGAGCAGAUACUGCAGGAUGAACCCCAAAAGUUUACGAUGGUUGGGGAGCUGGUCUUGGCCCGGAACCCCGUGAGGAUCUGUACCAAAUAUCUGAAGAAUGAACAAGAGGAGGAGUGUGACAAGCUGCACCUAUGCCGACACUAUCUGCAGGGCAAAUGCUGGUCUAGCAAGAGGCGACAGUGCAAUCUCUCCCAUGAUUUUUUAUCAGACCAUAACCGGUUGGUUUUAAAAGCCAAUGAGAUUAUUGGACUGAAUGAAGAGGAGCUAAAAGUUCUCCUGUUCCAGAACGACCACCAACUGCUGCCGGAGGUUUGUGUGAAGUAUCUGCAUGACACAUGUGAUCUCGGUAAGGAUUGUACACGGCUUCACAUUUGUGGUUUCUUCACACGAGGAGAAUGUAAUCGUCGCGUCUGUAAACGUUCUCAUCACCUCCUGGAGUUCAGUUCGGACUUAAUACUAAACCGCUGUCGUAUGUCUGAGGUGUCUAUUCAGAACUUUCAGAUGCUAUGUACCGUGAAACACAAUGAACGCCUUCAGUCACUGAGGGAAGAGGGAAAUAGGGAAAAUGAGAGGGGGCGUCCUGCAGUACACAGGGGCAGAGGAAGACCCAGGAACAAACAGAAGCGAGAGUCUGAGGGUGUGUCACGAGACAAGAGUCGUGGACGUCAAAAUGAAAGAGCAGAGUCCAAUAUUCGGAGAAGAUCAGUCAGUCGGCCGAUAUCUGAAGGUGGGGAGAGUGUUCUUGGCUGGUUUGGAGAUGAUGGAGAUGAACCUCGGCUUGAUAAGAUAAAGAAUGAUUGGUUUUAUGACUCAUUCCUGUAUGUGGCAGACACAUCCCCCUCCACUGUGCAGCCCUUGAUGUCAUCCAUAGUGCGCUACCCAACAUCAACUGUAUCCAUAUCACCUGCGCUCCAGUUUCCAUUACCUGCAGCUUCACCUAGAGUGCCAUCUGCUCAGCCAGGAAGUCAAACUGGCCCCUCAACUCCAUCUUUUACUCCACCUGCCCCUCAACCAAAAUCAGCCAUUACACCAGUGACCACUGUGAGUCCAGUUAAUUCUCCACUAACAUCUUCUGUGGGGCCAAGUAGACCAGUUAAUCUUCCUAUGGAUCGUCCGUUGGGUGCCAAUUCUAUUAAGCCAAUGUCCCCUCCAGGGAUGAAUUCAUCCACAGUCCCUUCAGUGCAACCUACAGGUUCAAACAGAUUGGUAAAUCAUCUUCCAAAUCCAUCUGUUCCUGAGGAGAAACCAGUGACCACCAAUAUUGCAAGUCCAUCCAGGCCUCCACUUGUUGCCACCAUCAAACCGGUAAUCCCUGCUGCAGCCAGUCCUUCCAGUGCUUCAACAUCUAAUCCCAGAUUGGUUCCUUCUCCUGCAGAAGGUUCAUCUGCUCCACAGCUUAAAUCAGUCGGGUCAAGUGUCUGGUCACAGUGUGAACCUGAUGAAAAACUGAUGCCAAGGGCAAAGCCUAAAGAUGUUCUGGGCGAUUUUUUGACUUUUACACCUUAUCUGGGUGAUCUGUUGGAGAAAGAAUCAGUGUUUGAAGCAACCUGCAUGUCGCCAAAGAAGUCGGAGCCUUACAAAGUCCCAGAGAUCUGCCUGUCAAAUCUUUGGAAAUACUGCAAAUUAGGAAACCUUUGUCCAGACAUGCAUUACUACCUACCAUACCGAUGGCAGAUUUACAAAGGAACAGAUUGGGAAGACAUUUCCAACAUGGAAGAGAUUGAGAAAUACUACUGUGACCCAAAGUUUGACAGGUUUCAACCGAUUGAUUUUAUGACUAUGAAAUCUGGAAUGCACCGCGUCCGGCGACUCUCCACCAUAUCCUCGGUCAAGAAGCCAUCUGACUAUGUUCUGACAACUGAGUGGUUGUGGCACUGGAAGGAUGAAUUUGGCACCUGGACACAAUAUGGCCACUCUAAUGUGAAACAAGUGAACUCAACCAUCAUUUCUUCAGACCUGGAAAAUGUGUAUCUCUCAGAUCCCACUGCAGUCAUUCCUUUCAGCGCUGGAAACCAGCACUAUAAGAUCAACUUCCCAGAAAUGAAGCAGAGGAACAUUUUGUAUAAGACGGAAAAAGACAUCCGCAGAAGACCAAAAUUUCUGAGCUUUGAGGAUGUGAAAUUAUUGAGAGGAAGCAAAAAAACACCAGGAGCCAAGCCAUCCCCGAAAUCAGGAACGUCUCCUCUGAAGACUGACAUCUACCCUAAGACGUGGGACUCUGAGGCCAUGCCAGAGAUAGGCUGCAGGAAUGUUCUUGUCUCUAACACAUCCAGCGAGUUCUCGGAAAUUGUAAACAGCUUCACCAAGACAGUAAGCGGCCAUGUGGUUAAGAAUAUGUGGCGACUCCAGAACCCAUCUCUGUGGCAGGUCUUUCAGUGGCAAAAGGAACAGAUGAAAAAAGUCAAUCAGGGACAAGACGUGAAAGAAUUCCGGUUGUUUCAUGGCACAGAGAAGAAGCACAUCGAUGCCAUCUGCAACUACAAUUUUGACUGGCGUAUCUGUGGUACACAUGGCACUGUGUAUGGACAAGAAAGGGCUCCUCUCCUGCACAAAAAUAGACAAGAAAAGUAUGUGCUGUGAGAUUCCUGGAUCAGGCACAUGAAUUCUUAAAAGAACGGAUGUGUGUAUGGCCCCAUAACUUGUACAGGUCAGUGUGCUGUCCGUCUUACAUACAAACAGCACACUGAAGAAAAAUAUAAUUGUGUGCAUGAAGCCUAGGGCCACAACAGCGCCCAACCAUGGCAGCCAGUGGCACCAUACAUUUGUGAGUUAUUAGCAUUAUUAAUUACAAAUUCAAGUUGCUAUUGCAGCCACUACAUUGCUUCCACUCAGCCUUAUGGCCACAAAUGUAUUAUACAUAUAUUUUAUUAUACUACCACUAGACGGUGCGAUUACACCCACUAUAUGUAUAUGACUUCCUCCCAGAAAUACAGUAGGAUACAAGGUAUGUCCCAGACAUCUUUGGGCCUUUUCCACAGAGCUAAAAUGGAUCCAUGGUGUCAUAAUGCAAGAUAAAGUGAUCCAGCACUACAGGCUUUAUUGAAAAGAAUAAUGACACCAUGUGAACAACACUGCGUGCCUGUACACCUGCUCAGCUCGGGGUUUUCCAUGCACUAAUAGUCCGGGUGUCGGGUGAAGACAACAGAGAUGAGCUGAACUUUCCUUUCUUUUCUUUGUAUCAAUACACAAGACAAAUUUCAUGUUAUAAUACAAAUGUCAGCAAUCUGUUGGUCUCCAGCAGUUGCACAGCUGCUGUACAUCUCCUAGCAUUGACAGACAGCUUUGGGUUCCACAAUGAUAUAUGUUUUUUUACUUGUGAUUUCAUGAAAUCAUUUCUCCAUCAUUUUUAUAUUGAUGGCCUAGCCUCAGGAAUCAGGAUAUGUCAUUAAUAUGAGAAUCUCGAGGGUCCAACUCCCAUCAUCCCUGCUGAUCAGCUGUUCGAGGAAGCGGCUGUGCUCCCCGGAGCUCCAGUGAGCACCGAAGUUUCCUCACAGCAUAUCAAGCACAGUGCCACCCAUUGGACAGUGACUGUGCUUGGUACUUUAGCUAGCUUCAUUCACUUGAAUAGGACUGAACUGCACCUAGGCCCAUGACUGAUGAAUGUGACAUCACAUGGCCUACUGUAAAAAGAGGCCUAAGCGCUCAAGGAGAACUACGGCCUCCUAAAACAGCUGGUCGGCAGGGGUGUUGGGAUUCGGAGGCCAAUCAAAUGCUGAUGACCUACCCUGAGGAUAGACUAUCAAUAUCAAAAUCCCGGAGAACCUUUUUA